UUUCCUUUUCUCGACAUCCUUUGAGAUCUUCUCUUCAUUUCCCUAUACAACAAUGGGUUUCCGUUUGCCACGAGUGGUUCCGGCAAAGAAAUUUCUUCAACGAUCCUUCUCCAAUUCAAACAAAGCAGCUUCAAUGGCAGUAGAUGUCCCCAAAGGCCAUUUCGCAGUUUAUGUCGGAGAGCAUGAAAAGAAGCGGUAUGUUGUUCCUUUGUCAUUGUUGAACCAACCAUCAUUUCAAGACUUGCUUAUUCAAGCCGAAGAAGAAUAUGGAUUUGAUCAUCCAACGGGGGGUCUAACAAUUCCCUGCAGAGAAGAUGCAUUUGUUGAUCUUGUUUCAAGCUUAAAUGCCUCACCAAAUUGACCAAAAUUAGGAACAUUCAUCAACAAAAUUUUGUAAAGCAUAGACACGGUCAAUACAACAUUGUAGACCUUGAUUUUUCCCCAUUUUGAUUCUCUUUUCAAUGUGGAGUGUGAAAUGGCUCCCAGAAUGAUAAAUUUA